CAGCUCAUGUCUCGCGUGGCAGUGAGGUUCGCCUGUCAGCAACGGACCCAUAUGUUCUCCAUGAUUAUUCUUGGGGGAUACGCUCGAAUUAUACGAUGGGACCGCGCGGGCGCUGUAUUCACCGAAAGGAUCGACUACGUUGCGUGUCCCGAGAAACUCGCGAUGUUUCUUUGGCACUUCGCUCACCUGGACCGCCGGCAGCAAGGUUACGACGACACUGCGGAGCUGAUUGAGGAGGACUCGCGUCUGCACAACAUGAUGAUGAAGAAAAUUGCAGACGGGAGCAAGAUGAGUGCAAAAGACAAAGACCUCCCGGAAGCCUACGUACUGGACUAUUUCAAGGACUCAUCUUCGGGGGCCGCUUUGGGCCCGACAAAACCCCGUUACUUCCUCGUCGGCAGACCUCAUUUCACUGCGCCUGGGAUGACGGGCCGCGCCACACGCGGCUACGUCGCGCUGGACGAAGAGAACAAUGAGCUCGUAUACCUUAAAGACUGCUGGCGUGUGGACCUCCCGGACAUGACGAGAGAAGGCGAUGUCAUACAACUUAUGAACAACGAAGGGGUGCAAUGUGUUCCGACGUUGGUGUAUCACGGGGACAUAGAGGGGCAACGUACAUCGACCCAAGAGCACUGGUCUGGGGACACGGGCAAACCGAGCUCAUUCAGGCCCCAUCAACAUUACCGACUAGUGGUGCAGGAGGUUGGCUGUCCUCUCUCAGACUUCAAGCACUCUGAGGAAUUGGUUAAAGUUAUUACAGAGUGUAUAGCAGGACAUGCCGACGCCUUUGUAAAGGCGAAAAUCCUUCAUAGAGACAUCAGCGCUGGAAACAUCCUAAUCCUCCGAAAGAUGGUGGACAAAAAGGGCCAGACAUCUGUUGUGACACGAGGUCUCCUGAAUGAUUGGGAUUUGUCCAUAAGCGUGGCCGACAAUAAUGACGGACUGAGGCAGCCUAGUCGUACGGGCACCUGGCAAUUCAUGUCAGCGUUCCUCCUGCAGAAACCUUGGAAGUCACACGAGCUCCAGGAUGACCUCGAAUCCUUCAUGCAUGUCCUUAUCUACGAGGCCAUACGCUAUCUCCCUCAUAAUUGCACGGACGUUGGGGUAUUCGUCAAAAAUUUCUUCGACAUCGCGAGCAAAUCCGGAAACGUCAUCACUGGCGGGAUCUGGAAG